UUCAGCUUUGCACGCAUGAUCAAGGCGGGCCUCACCACUCCCUCCGUCCGCUCCUUUAAUCUCCUCCUCUCCUUCCUCCUCUUCGAAGCUCGCAAGCCCCGCCUCGUCCUCCGUCUCUUCUCCCAGAUCACCUCCAACUCGCUCCCCGUGGACCCCCCACACCCACUCCCUCGUCGCCAGCACCGCGCCCGCCCUCGUUCGAUCCCGCCGCUUCCACGACGCAUGUCGCUUCAUCUCCCGCGCUCCUCUAGACUUCGGUUUUGCACCCAGGAGAUCCCUUGUCGAAUCCCUCAUCCGUCAUAUCUGCGUCGCCGAACGAAAUCCGGACGGAGCCCUCUGUUUCCUGCAAGAGUGCGUCCGGAACCGUGGUGUCUUUCCCUCCCCCGGCUCCUUCCGCUCGGUGGUUGUGCCAUUCUGUUAUCUGGGUAGGUUGGAUAGAACAGUCGAGGUCUUGGAGGCCGCAGCUGAUAUGAAAGACCAUAUCUUGACCGACAAUUUCGUUUGUCGUUCCAUUAUCUCCGGGUUCUCGAGGAUCAGGGAGCCGGCGCUUGGUCUGGACUUUUUCGAAAGAGCAAGGAAAGUCUUUCUUCCUAAUCUCGUCACCGUUACGACUGUGGUCGAUGCACUGUGCAGGGAAGAUAGAAUCAACGAGGCCUGCGAUCUGGUUCGGAAUAUGGAAGGCCAGGGAAUGGCGCUCGAUGCCGUUCUGUAUAGCUGCUUGAUUGAUGGGUAUCUGAAGAGAGGUGACCUGAUGGAAGGUCUUCGGAAGCACAAACUCAUGGUGGAUAAGGGAAUUACUCCAGAUGUAAUUGGUUAUACUAUCAUCAUUGAUGGGUUGUGUAAAGAAGGAAAUGUAGAGAAAGUGAUCGGUUUUCUGGAGGAAAUGGAGAGCAAAGGUGCGCAUGCCAAUGUGGUGACUUACACAGCUGUAAUUCAUGGUUUCUGCCGGAGGAACAAGUUGGAGGAAGCAUUUUGUGCCUUGAGGAAAGUGGAAGAGUUGGGUUUUGUUGCGGUUGAUUUUUUACUUUGACGGAUUAUGUAGGAAGGGAGACUUGGAUAGAUUUUUUACUUUGCUUGAGGAAUCGGAGAAGAAAGAGAUUAAAGUUGGAACAGUGACAUAUAACACAUUGAUCAAUUCCCUGUGUAAAGCUGGCCAAGCAAGCAAGGCAAAUGAGAUCUCAAAGGGCUUUACCGGUGAUAAUUUCACCUAUGCGACAUUGUUACAUGGAUACCUGAAGGAAAUGGAUGUGGUAGGCAUCUUGGAGGUCAAGAGGAGAUUGGAUGAAUCUAGCAUUGUUCCUGACAUUGUUACUUGCAAAGUUGCAAUGUCCUUAUCAAGGCUUUGUUUAUGGCAGGUGCAAGGAAGGUGUUAAAUUCCGAGCUUUGGCAUGCCUUUGCUGGACUAUUUUCCACAGGGACACAGUGAACAGGUUCUUUAAGGGACCAUAAAAGGUUUCGGGGAGGCUAACCUUUUACGGACGGACACGCAAGGGUGUCGCACAACUUACGCAAAACCAGUUAAGUUCAUGACAGAGGAGCAUAACUAGUGGAGAGUGAGCGAGCGAUGGUGGAGCCCAAGAAGUAGUAUAUUGCCAUUCUCCAUGCCUAGUUCACUACCAAUUGGGGCAGAGACAGUGAGGCCUCAUGGCGGGGUGAAGGUGGCCACCUAGAUGCAGCACGAUGAAAGUAGCAAGGUGGAGGUGGCCACGAAGGGACAAAAACGAUGAGUGGCAAGCGAUAGAUGAUGAUGAGGGAUAUUUAUGGGAUUAGAAAAAAGAUACCAUCCAAAUAAAAAGUACCUAUCGGGAAAAUCACAUAAGGAGAAGCUUUUAUAGAAAACUGUCCUAAAAGCAAUAUAUACUUUUUCUAGAAAUAUAGACGAUUGGAAGUUUAACUCCUAUGGAAAUACUAUAUGCAGCUUCUUAUAAUUUAAUUAAUUAAUUUAUUCUACUAGUUGUAUUUAGGUCUUGAAUACAUCUCCCCAAGACACUCAUCCAAGUUACCUAGUGGUGUCUGAGUAUAAUACCCCAUCUCUAGGCCCCACAGUAUAUUUUUAUGAAAUAAUCAUGUAGGACAAGAGGGAUUUUGGACAAGAUCUAAGGCAUGUGUGUUUGAAUUUAUCAGGAUAUAAGAAAGAGAAAGCCAAUAGAUGUCAACUCUGCUACUCCGUUUCGUCAGCUUCUCCUCCUCCCUCCUCUCUCUCCUCCAUUCCCAUCUUCUCCAUUGACGGGCCAUUUGAGCCUCUACAUUCUUGAUCAGAUCCGUUUGCCUCAUCAUCUUCGAUCCGUAUGCAACGAUGAUGUUGAUUAAUUGUUCCCACUGCCACACCCUGCUACAACUCCCGUCGGGCAUGUCGUCCAUGCGAUGCACCAUCUGCAAGUCCAUCACUUACGUUUCUGAUUUUUGGGGUGUCCCCAUGCCUCUGGGGGCUUCUCAUUCCCUCCCACACCCGUCACCAUCUUGGGGGCUAGCGCUGCCACCGAUGCCAGGUGGUGGUGGGCGAAAGAAAGCGGUGAUUUGUGGGGUCACAUAUCGGAACACACGAAAUGAGCUUAUGGGGAGUAUAAAUGGUGCCAAGUGCAUGAAGUACCUCCUCAUCAAUCGCUUCAGCUUCCCGGAAUCCAACAUCAUCAUGCUAACAGAGGACGAAAGAGAUCCAUACAAGAUACCAACCAAACAUAAUAUAAGAAUGGCAAUGUAUUGGCUCGUACAAGGUUGUCAACCAGGUGACUCUUUGGUAUUCUUCUACUCUGGCCAUGGUUCACAACGAAGAGACUACAGCGGGGAAGAAGCAGAUGGUUAUGAUGAAACCCUUUGUCCUCUGGACUUUAGAACACAAGGAAUGAUUGUCGAUAAUGAAAUUAAUGCAACCAUGGUCAGGCCGCUUUCUCGUGGAGUUAAGCUUCUCGCUAUUAUAGAUGCUUGUCACAGUGGCACCAUGCUAGAUCUACCUUACCUUUGCAGAAUGAACAGGAGUGGGCACUAUGCAUGGGAAGAUCAUCGCCCAAGAAAUGGUGCUUGGAAAGGUACUAGUGGUGGAGAAGUCAUCGCAUUCAGUGGUUGUGAUGACAAUCAAACUUCUGUACAAACCACGGCUCUAUCAGGGAUUACCUCAACAGGUGCCAUGACUUACUGUUUCAUCCAAGCCAUUGAGCAAGGACAUGGGACAACAUAUGGUAGCAUACUGAAUUCGAUGCGAUCCACCAUAAGAAAAACCGUCGAUUUAAAUUCCGGAGGCCCUGUCACUUCAUUCAUCACUAUGUUGUUGACUGGAGGUAGCAGGCCUGGCACACUGAGACAGGAGCCACAGCUGACAUCAAACACAAUGUUCGAUGUUUAUGCAAAACCGUUUUAUCUGUAAUGUGUAUUUUCACUUUUGCACUUGAAGUGUCUUCUGUUGUCAUUGAUUAUGCACAUGCUUUACAUCUGUUUUGCUUGAUUUGACUGACGUUGAGAAACAUCUUCUGAGGGUUUAUCGAUUUCUGUGACAUUGGUGUAUAGGAUUUUUCUUCCAUCAAUAUAACAUUUCUUUCUAUAGCAUGCAUAAAAGAAGAAUACUCCUAUUCAUGGACCCAUUAACAUAAUGAACUAGUAUUAUUGGUCAUCUUAUAUUGAGUUGGGUUGUAACAUGCUUUAUAAAUUCAAAACCCACUAGCAAAUGCCUGCCAGCUUUAAUAUCAUUCUUUAUGGUGGUUUGAUUCUAUGUGAUGCAAGAUACCAAAAAGGGUGUAUUCAUGAGAAAACAAGCCACUAUUAUGGAGAUUGUUAGAUGCUUACAACAAAGUUUUGAGUGCAAUAAAAGGAAUCAUAAAAAAAAGGAGUAUUCAUGAGAAAACAAUCUGCUAUCAUGGAGACUGUUAGAUGCUUAUAACAAAAUUUUGAAUGCAAUAAAAGGAAUCAUCCACUUCGACCGACAAUCUCAAUCUCACCUCAUUUUAAUGCAAAUCAAUAAGGCUCAAAUGGUUGGGAUUAGCGAACUUCUGUAUUGCUUGAUUUGACAGACAUUGAUGUACAACUUCUUAGGGUUUAUCAAUUUCUUUGACAUUGAUGUAUAGGAUUUUUCUUCCAUCAAUAUGCCAUUUCUUUCUAUAGCAUGCAUAAAAGAAGACUACACCUAUGCAUGGACCCAUUAACACAAUGAACUAGAGUUAUUGGUCAUCUCCGAUUGAGUGGGGUUAUCAUCAGAAAUUGCAUGCCAAUGUCUACAUGCUUUAUAAAUAUAAAACCCAUUAGCAAAUGUCAACUAGCUUUAAUGUCAUUAUUCAAGGGAGGUUGAUGCUGUGUGAUACAACAUUACAAAAAGGGAGCAUUCAUGAGAAAAAAGCCACUAUUAUGGGGAUUGUUAGCUGCUUAUAACAAAAUUUUGCUUAUAAUAAAGCCAAUUUACACAUUAUACUUAAAUAAUGUAUAAAGUGUUGUUUAAAAGAAUUCACAUCGAAAAUAACAAAUUUUAGUGGGAAUAAAUUGAGGAAAAGCUUGCCUGUAGAAAUUAUGCUUUCAUUAAUUGUUGCUCUAUAAAAAGAUUUGAUGUGAUAUUUAAUGCACGAGUAAUCUUCUCUGAGGAUUUUAUUUGAGCUUGCGGGCUUGCAAGGCCAAGGUAUUUGUGCCAUUUGAUUGGGCUGCACUGGGUUGAUAAAGCACAUAUAACACUGCUAUGUACCACGAAGGGGAUUGCCAAACCUUCUACCACGCUCAUGACCUUCUUCCUCUUUGAACAAACACAAUCCUAUGCUCGAGCAAUCACAUAUAAAGGGAGUUCUGAAGCCAGAUGCAGGUCCAAUGUGCACCUAGCACUUUCAUUGAACAAAAAACAGACACACUAAUGGUGUUGCACCAACCCUCAGACAUAUAACAUAGGUCCUAUUAUACCCGGUGAUAGUACUUUCUGCUUAUGAAAGUACUAUCAUAAACCCGGUUUUGUAAGAUAGAAUCAGAAACAAAAAACAAAAAACACUGAUAACAGAUCAAAACUGGUUUGACGAUAGUACUUUCUGCUUAUGAAAAACACUCAAAAACUCCAAAAAGCAAUGGAAAACAAGAAUUGAAAUGACAUGUCGAAUACCUUGACUGCAUUGCUCCAUGACAUUCUCCCCUAUUUAUUUCUUCAACGCUCUCAUCAAAGCCUUCUUGUAUGUUGCAAAUUGAUUAUACUUAGCCGCAAUGUGGUUCUCAGCUUCUAUUGUUAAGUGGUCGACUUUGAUCCUCCCACUUUGUUGCAACUUGCCGCCAAGGUGGUUCAGUUGGCUGGGUUGGAACACUUUUCACUGAAUCCUUUGGAUUUUUUAGUCAGCAAAAGAAGAGCCGUCAUGCUUGCGUUCAAGUCCCCUUGAGGUGUUACCCUGCAAGAGCUUGACUGGUUGGAGUUAGCAUAAUAUUACAGAACUUGAAGCGUCUAUGCUACUCUCGUGAUGUUUGGCCCUUGCAUCUUCUGUCCCAUCACCAUCUUCUCGAAAUAGGUUCGCACUAUCUCCAUUUUUGUGGUAACUCGACGAGAGGAUAGUGCAUGGACAUACCACCUUCAAUGUAGCCAAUAACCCAAUGAUGAAGAGUUUAUGGUUGCUGAAUUCUGAGCACUUUAAAGGGACUUCUAUUUGAUACAAAGGUCCACUAUGUAGGUGAGGAGAAUUGGGUUACUCUGAUUGCUUCAUCUAAAUUCCUCGGGUCGUACUCUUUGCUUUGAGUUAGUUACUUGAUUUUGUCCACUUUUUGCCGUCGCAUUUCUGAGUACUAGAAGUGUUGCUCAAGCUUGAGCUAAAUUAAGAUCUUGUAGAACCUUUAUCAAACAAAUUUAGCCACACCUUUAGGAUCACACAUGCUCCAUUUGCAACGAGAAUUAUGCUCUUCCCUCUAGAGCAUAAGUUUGGUCAACACUCGGAAGACUCACCAUUGUGGUACCGUGCCUCAUCCUCUAAUGUUUAUGGCUUUCUAUUCGAUGCUUUCUCGACCAAGUUCUUUUUGGAUGGUCUCGAGGUCCUCGCAAUGCCGUGCCUCUACUAAUCAGUUGCAUUUGCACACCUGGUGACAUAGAAAGCAAGGUUCGCCGUACCGUACCGUACCGGCGUUUCGACCCGGGCUCGGUACCGGUACGGUACGGUAUACCGCUCGGUACACCCAGGUGUACCGAGCGGUAUACUCAGGUGUACCGAGCGGUAUAGCCAGGUGUACCAAGCACGGGCGGACCGAUACAGGGCGGUCCACGUACCGCUAGCCUGUCGGACCGGUACGUACCGCCCGUACCGGGCGGUACAGUCCGGUACGGCAAACCUUGAUAGAAAGCAUUUCUCUUUUGAUCCUUUGCCAAUCUAAAUAUAACUUUUCAGUGUGAUCAUCACCAUUUGCUUGUCGGAGGGUCUCGCCAACAUUGAUUGUUUGGCCAUUUGCUUGACAUUCACGAUUGCUCGCCCGAUCUCACCACUCAAAAGCAUCGAGCGAGCAAUCGUGAAUGUCAAGCAAAGAUAAGCUCUGAAGAUUUUCUCACUCCAAAAAUGAUGUCCAACGUGGAUGGUCUACUAGAUUUUUGACUCAAUCACUGAAUUCAAACUUCCAUUCCACUUUUUAUUCUUAUGGAAAGGGCUUCGGUGACUGAGUUGUUGUUAAGUUGGUAUAUUCUUCAAGAGCGUCAGUCUCAAUGGACCAUUGCCCCAUGCUAAGGUCUUCUGACUCCGGCUACAUUGUUGUGGGAUGAGUCAAGUCUUUCCGCUUCGAUUCCUUCAUCACUUGCUUAACUGAGAGUAUAUGUGUCCGUCGAAGCUCUCUUCGAAAGUGUCACCAUGCAUGGAGAGUCACCGUCUCAUCUUUUGAUGUUUUUCAUGGAAAUUCUAAGGUCUGGAAAAUUAUAAGUGUCUCAUCUUUGAUGAUUUUCAUGGAAUUCAACAAAUGGUUAAGCAGGGACAUCCUUCAUUGUUAUGUGCCAUGCUCUUGUGCUCACAAAUAAGCAUUUCCUGCUGACAUAGAGUUUCAUCAUUUUGUUUUGAUUUAUACCGAUACAAAUGUUGCAAGUAACAGAGUGCUUUUCUCUUCUUUCGAGGACUGACAAAGAGGCAUCUUUUGUCCUCUGGAUGGAGUCUGUUUGUGGGUGCGAAAAGGCUUUAAGCUGGUGAUUCUGUAUUGUUUAUCAGGACGGUAGAGUUGAAGAUGCUUAGCAGUUUUUAUUUCAAUCUGAAGAAAAUGGAGUUCCUGUGGAUAUAUUUGUUUACUCUCUUGUGGUGGAUGGACUUUUCAAGUCAGGUUAUCUCGAAAGAGCUCUACAUCUCUGUGGAAGCAUGAAAAAGAAAGGGAUUUACCCUAAUGUUGUCAUCUACAAUUCCGUAAUCAAUGGUUUGUGCCAGCAAGGAUGUCUAAAUGAAGCAUUCAACAGUUGUUGGUGCUUUGUCUACGGAAGGUUUCCUGGAUGAUUCAUGCCAAUUAUUUAAAAGGAUGAUCAUUAAGGGUAUUAUCAGUUUAUAACAAACUGAUAAGUUGGCAUAGCAGCUAUGGAUUGGUUGAAGAAGCCUUGGAUCUCAUCUCAAAUUUGGAAAAGAAUUGUUUGAAUUCAGAUGGGUAUACAAUUGCUACUAUCCUAAAUGAGUUUUGUCAAGGUGCCCUAGUUUUCUUUAUUGACUACAAAAGCAGAGGAUGUUUUCCAGAUUUCUUGGGUUUCAUGAAUCUCAUGGUGGGACUUCUUUGCAAAAGGAAGGAUGGAGGAAGCAAGGAGCAUUUUGAGGGACAUGCUAAAGUGUGCUGAAACUGUAGAUCUGAUAAAUAAUGCUGGAGAUGAGUUUCAUGUGGAGUCAGUCUCAUAUCUCUUGCAUGUGAGCAAGGAAGAAUCAAGGAAGUCAUACUUGUUCUUAAUGAAAUUGGUUAUUUGUCUAUAUCUUCCUCAAGAUCUAACAUUGGUAGAGUGUUUCUGAAACUAAAGGAGCUGCAUGGUUCAGGUGUUUCAGAUACAGAAAACAAGAUUAGAUGGGAGAGGUGUUCAUCGUCUACUGGUAGCUGAUGUUCAUAGGACUAUAUAAAAGAUGGAGAUAGUGACAAGGAUAUUAAUGAAUGUUUCAUGGGAAAACCACUAGGCUAUGACUUUGCAACCUACCAUUCCAUCAUUCCAUUGUUAUGUCAGCGAGGGGACCUGCAGAAGGCUAACGAAGCAGCAAGAACAAUUCUUUGAAAUCUACAGAAAGUCUCCUAUCACUCCAUCACAACUCUGAGUGAAUUUUGUGAGGGACUGGAUAAUGUUUAAGUAUGUUCCAAUCUCAUUGGUUUUGUAUGUUCCAAUGGAUCAACCAAAAAGAAAAUGCAUACUAAGGCAGUUGGGAACUAUAGCUUCCAUUUGAAACCCAACCUAAUCCUGUAACAUUCUGAUUUGCAGUGUCUUAUUACUACUAUCAGGCCACAUUCUAAACUUUUCUUUGGUUUUCAGUCUUAGUAAGUCAGUCAGUAAGACCUUAAAAACUCAGCUGAUUGUCAAAUUUGAUGUAGUUGAACUUUUUAGUUCUGAAAAGUGAAAAGUACCAUGCAUUAGAUA